AUGCCGCGACAACAACUAUCUUCGGCGACUGCUGUGUUGAUUAUGUGCUGUGUCUAUAUCGUUCAUGGGCAAGAGGUGGACACAAAACAAGGCCAGUUGAGAGGAACAACGCUGGCUGUUCUUGGCAAAAAUGUGGACGUGUUCCAUGGCAUACCAUUUGCUAAAUCUCCAGUAGGGAACCUCCGCUUCAAACAUCCUCUCCCACCUGAUUCUUGGGAUCCAGAGAUCCUGAACGCCACUACAGAGAAACCUUCCUGCCUUCAACCCAGGGACAUCUUCAGCUUCCCAGAGGACUACCGUAAGACUCCAGGCAACCUCAGCGAGGACUGUCUUUACUUGAAUUUAUGGAGGCCUUCGAACAUCACACAAGCUUCUAAACUGGCAGUCAUGGUGUUCAUAUAUGGCGGGGGAUGGGGCAUGGGGUCUAAUCGACUGGGUUUAUACAACGGGCAGUAUCUCGCUGCUGAGAAUGACGUGAUCCUUGUGUCCAUCAACUACAGGCUUGGACCUUUGGGUUUCGGAUACUUGGGUCCUGAUACAAUGCCUGGCAACAUGGGUUUGAUGGAUCAGAGGAUGGCCUUGAAAUGGGUCAGCGAUAACAUUGCCAAUUUUGGUGGUGACGUCGACAGGGUAACUAUAUUUGGAGAAAGUGCUGGUGCAGUCUCCGUCGGUCUCCACCUUCUGUCGCCUCUGUCACGUGACCUGUUCACAUACGGUAUACUGGAGAGUGGGUCUCCCGUUCAAAAUCUAGGUCGCCAUGUGUAUCAAGAUCACAACACGGCACGGUCAUAUGUCAGAUCGUUUGCCGCCCUUGUUGGCUGUAAUAACAGUACGGACGCUGAUGUCUUCAAAUGUCUGCAGAAUGUGGAGUCUGGGGCGAUCACGCCCGCCUUCGUGGAAGGCCUGACCCGAGGAAGAGCUCAUGCACCUGUUGUAGACAAGUAUUUCUUGCCAGACGACCCUCGGACGUUGAUGAUGACGGGUCAGUUCAAGAGGACGAACAUAUUACAGGGUUGCAAUAAGGAUGAGUCCACUGUUCUCAUGUUACCUCUAAUGACCAACUUCACACGGGACGGUUUGACCAGGGAAAAGUAUUUAGAAGUCCUGAAACCCUACAUAAGAUUCUCCGGACCGGAAUCUAAAGUCGAAGCUUUGAGAUUAUUCUAUGAAGAUAUGCAUGAUCCACUGAUCCCUAUCAACUAUGUACAGAUCCUAAACAACAUCCGGGAUGAUCUGGAGUUCAUAUGUAGAGCUGUCGAAUUCUGUUCGUUCUAUUCGGAACACAAUGAUACCUAUAUGUACAGUUACAACCACCGUCAGUCCAACAGCAAAUAUCCAGUAUGGAUAGGAGCGACACAUACGUAUGAACUCGAGAUGGUUUUCGGCCUCCCUCUUGACGCGGCACUGGGAUUCGAUCAGGGUGAGGUGGACCUCAGCAGGAGUAUCAUGACCUACUGGACUAACUUCGCCAAAACAGGGUGA